AUGGGCAUCAAGGGCCUGCCCGCCGUCCUCGAGCCGUACUGCGAGCGCGUGCACGUCGGUGAAUACGCGCCCGGCACGCGAUGCGCGGUGGACGCCUACAGCUGGCUGCACAAGGGCGCGUUCGGGUGCGUCGACGCGCUCGCGCCCGGAGGCGAUCGCGCGUGGGAGCGACGACCGGGCGCGACGGCGCCGUACGUGAAAUACGCCGUGCACCGAGCGAACAUGCUGAGGCAUCACGGGAUCGAACCGGUGAUCGUGUUCGACGGCGACAGAGCGCCGGCGAAGCGAGGCGAGGAACGCGCGAGACGCGAGCGACGGGCGGCGCUGUUGGAGCGAGGAGAGCGGGCGCGCGCGGCGGGCGAUAAGGAGGGAGCGUUUCGGGCGUUUUCGGGGGCGAUCGAUGUGACGCCGGAGAUGGCGAGGGAGCUGAUCGUGGCGCUGAAGAGGGAGAAAUUCGAGUUCGUCGUCGCGCCGUACGAGGCUGACGCGACGAUUGCGUCGCUCGCUCUCACGGCGAAGGAACGGGGGGGGGUAGAUUUAGUGUUCACGGAAGAUUCCGAUCUCGUGGCGUACGGGUGUCCGCGCGUAGUGUUUAAGUUGGAAAAAUCCGGCGAUGCGAAGGAGCUGAGGUUGGCGACGAAUAAACCGAAAAGCAAAGGUCCGCCGCCGCUGGAUUUCACUGGGUGGGACUACGAAUUAUUUCUAAGCUUGUGCGUGUUGUCGGGGUGCGAUUUCUUGGACAACAUUCGCGGCUUGGGUAUCAAAAAAAUGUACAAUAUUUUGAACAAACAUCGAUGUGUCGACGCGGUGUUCGCCGAAUUGAGGGCGAAUGAAAAAAUUAAGGAUUUGAUCGCGGAAGGGUACGAAGUGGAGUGGAGAAAGGCACGAAUGAUUUUCAAGCACGCGUUGGUGUGGGACCCCCACGCCGGCGCGCUUCGACACCUCACGCCGGUUCCCGAGCAUUGCGAGUUCGCGAACGAUUUGAGUUUUCUCGGGCCG